AUGGCAGAGUUCGCACUUGGAUUGACCAAGACAGCAGUGGAGGGGACGCUGAUCCGGGUGAAGACGGCGAUCGAGGAAGAGGCCAAGCUCAAGGUGCGGGUGCAGAACGACUUGGUGUUCAUCACAUGCGAGUUUGAGAUGAUGCAAUCAUUCCUCAACGUGACCAACGCGGCAGAGCGUGUGAAGAACGAGCUGGUGCGGACCUGGGUGAGGCAGCUCCGGGACCUCGCCUUCGACGUGGAGGACUGCGUCGAGUUUGUCAUCCACCUCGACAUCAACAAGUCAUCGUUGCUGUGGCGUGUGGUGCCGUCCUGCAUGGCACCGGUCCUGCCUCUCGACGAGGCGGUCGCGGAGAUAAAGCAGCUCAAGGCCAGGGUCGAGGAUCUCAGCCAGAGGAACUUGCGCUACAACCUGAUCACCAACAACACAUCCAAGAUCUCUGAGCAACAGCAACCAGCCACCACUGCCGCUGAAUCGUCAACAGCAUUCCACAUCCUAAACGAGGUGUGGGAAGCGGCGGGGAGGAGAUGCGGAGGCAUCGCGGACCUCCAAAAGCUCAUCACGAGUGAAGGCAAUGACCUUCAAGUCGUCUCGCUAUGGUCAGGAGGUAGUGGUAGCACUAGCAGUGACGGGACGACAAGCAUCAUCAGGAAGGCAUACGGUGACCCAGAAAUUUGCAAAGAAUUCAAAAGCCACGCCUGGGUAAAGCUGAACCAUGGUCUCUUCAACCCCCAAGAUUUCAUCAGGAGCUUGCUCUUUCAGUUCUACGGGAUGAAAGCAGCGGUGCAUACAGAAUACCAUGGCAUGGAGGCCGAGCUCAUCCAGCAAGUGAAGAAGCAGAAGUAUCUCGUCAUUGUGGAACAAGUUUCCACUACAGUAGAGUGGGAUGCCAUCAGAAUGUAUCUGCCAGAUUGCAAAAACGGCAGCCGCAUCGUCAUCUCUACAAAGCAGCUAGGGCUUGCAACUUUGUGCACAGGGGAGCCGUACAAAGUAUCGGAUCUCAGACGCUUCACUGAUGAUCAACAUAUUUGUGCCAUUUUCAAGAAGGGUUGUGAGCGCCGUAACAGCAUGGGCGAACUGAACUGGCAGUUAAGAUGUCGUGGUACGAUCUCCGUGUGGGGUGAAGGAAGAGGAAAAUCAGUUCUUAUGGAUAGAGUGUACAAGGGAAUAAGGAGCAAGUCGAAAGAAUUCAAGGAGAUCGCUCAUGGUGGUAGCAAUGGCAUGCAGCAAUUUGAUGAUGAGAUGAUGAAGCGUACCAUUGCCAAGUGCGGUGGGCUUCCCAAAGUAAUAGCUGCUAUAGGUGAAAGCACCACCAGUGAUUUGGAGGGUUUCAGCAACGACUUCAUGCACAUUCUGGAGACCAGCCCGGAAUUUCAUACCUUGAAGGGUCUAUUUUCUUGGAUGCACUCCUACUUUGAUGAUUGCUCAGAUUCAGUCAAGCCAUGCAUCUUCUAUCUGGCGGUCUUCCCUGCAGAUUACAACGUUAGGAAGAGGCGUUUACUCAGGCGGUGGAUCGCAGAAGGUUACUCUAGGGACGCAUCUGCAGAUAUUACGGCAGAGGAGAACGGGGAAAGGCUAUUCUCAGAGCUCAUGGAGUUGAGUGUAAUUCAGCAGGAGUCACCGAUUAUAAGCACCAAGCUCAUCAGCACACGCCAAGUCAAUGGUUUCUUCCGCGAGUACAUCAUCUCACGGCCAAUGGAGGAUAACCUUGUGUUUGCACUUGAAGGGCAUUGCAGCCUCAACUCGCAUCGCACUGGACAACACCUCACCAUAGGCAACAGCUGGGACAGAGAUGAGGCUGUGUUCAAGAGCAUGGACUUGUCGCGGCUACGGUCUUUGACAGUGUUUGGGGAGUGGAGGUCAUUCUUAAUCUCUUCUUCCGGCAGCAAUAUGAGACUGCUGCGGGCGCUUGAUCUUGAGGACACCACAAAUCUAACAGAUGAUGACCUAUACAAGAUUGGGAAGCUACCACCUCGCCUUAAGUUCCUCUCGCUACGAAGGUGCAUCCACAUCACAUUCCUGCCCGAUUCGGUUGGUAAGCUGAGGCAGCUGCAGACUCUGGACGUCAGGGGAACAUCCAUUGUUACCAUGCCAGAAAGCAUCAUCAAUCUACACAAGUUGCAGUAUAUUCGUGCCGGCAUCACCGUUGAUUCAGAAGCAUCAACACCACCACAUGUUUCCUCUUGGUUGCCUGAUGUAUGCAGACGCCAUCGCCUAGUCGGUGUUCAGGUGCCCGAAGAGAUUGGGAAACUGACUGCAUUGCACACGCUCGGUGUCAUUAACGUCGCCGCUUCAGGGGCAAAGGCCUUCUUGCCAGAGCUCAAGAAGCUCACCCAGUUGCGCAAGCUUGGAGUGUCCGGCAUCAACAAGCAUAACAGCAAGCACUUUUUCGCUGCAAUCUCAUAUCAUGGCCAUUUUGAAUCCUUGUCUGUGCGCCUCAACAAGGACAACAACAAUCAAGGUUGUUGCUUGGAUGGCAUUCCCCUACCUUUGAAGAACCUGCGGAGCCUUAAACUGCACGGGCUUAAUGAGAAAUUGCCAGACUGGGGAAGUGACCAACUUAGCAAGCUCAUAAAAUUGGAUUUAGAGAUGGCCACUUUAAUGGAAAGUGACAUAGAGUUCCUUGGCAAGCUACCACAACUAUGUAUUCUUCGCAUCAGGCAGCUUCAAGAUCCCGAACUCCAUUUCCGUGCCCUUGUGAAUGGAGAAGAACAUGACUGUUAUGAAAAGGUCAAGGUCCUGGAGAUUGCUUGCAGCUCCAGCUCCAGCAGCUUUCAAGUGACUUUUGGAUGCAAAGCAAUGAAAAACCUUGAGCUGUUCAAGGUCAACUGCCCCAGUGUAUCUUCAUUUCAGUUUUCUGGCUUGGAGCAUCUUUCUCAACUCACGGAAUUCUUGCGUAACUAA